AUGGAAGUUGAACCUAAACGUGAGCUUUGUGAUACCAACCAAACACCUGAAAAGAUCCCACCACUGUCUCUUCACCAUGCAUCCUCCAGCGACGCCCUCGGCAUUGUUGAGGCACCCGAGAACGAGGAACCGAUUGUAAACGGUACCAACAACAAAGACAAGGUUGAUGAUGAUGGCUAUCUUGAUUCAUUCCCUCCGGGAUAUCGGUUUUGUCCGCUCGAUGAAGAGCUUGUGCUUUAUUAUUUGAAGAAAAAGGUCUUGAAUUUACCUUUGCCUCAGAAUAGGAUCGUGGAAGUUAAUUUGUAUCAAUAUAAUCCUGAAAGACUUGCAGAACUAUAUAAGCAAUAUGGAGAAAAAGAGUGGUAUUUCUUUACCCCUAGAGAUAAGAAGUACCGAAAUGGAACCCGACCUAAUCGGGCAGCCGUGGGUGGGUACUGGAAGGCUACCGGUGCUGAUCGAGAAGUUCGAUUUAAAGAUCGUAUUGUGGGAUAUAGGAAGGCAUUGGUUUUUUACAAAGGAAGACCUCCUAAAGGUGAUAAAACUAGUUGGAUUAUGCAUGAAUAUAGAGUGAACGAUCCUCCUCCCUUGUGCAGCAAGAAAGAGGGUUACACUGACAUGAGGCUAGAUGAUUAUGUUCUAUGUAGGAUUUACAAAAAAGUUGAUAAAUCUGGGAGAACGCAAACCAAAACUGAAGAUGGAUUGGCAUUGACUCAAAAACAAGAAAGAGAUGAGAUGAUGGGUUCGGAGGACACGAUGAAUUAUUUAAGCACAAUGGGAAUGGGAAUGGGGAUGGGUGGUAAUUUCAUGAAUCAAGCAUUUCCUGAAUUUCAAUACAUUUUUAAUGAUCAAUUUCCAUCGUCUUUUCCUACCAAAUAUCUAAACGAUAGAUUGGAACAAGAAGACGUUUGGAGUUUCGAUUUUCCCCCACAACUAGACGUUAGUGUUGAAGCUUUGAUAAAUGUGGAUAAUGUUUUCUCACCCGACACUGCAAACAAAAAUUCCACCAACUCAGAAAUGAAUACAAGAGAUUGA